AUGCACAAUGUGAAACAGGAGGCCUCAGUAGUGGAGAAGCUGGCCACAGAGAUUCUAACGGUGAAUGAGCUCUUUGUCCUGUCUGUAUUCAGGCUGCCACCCAGACAGGGGGGUAUUCUGCUGGGGUUCUAUGCCAAGAGAGACAACAUGAGAUACUUGGAGGUCACUGUGAUGGGCAAGAUCAACAGAGUGCUUGUCCGCUACCUGAGAGAAGACGGCAAGACUCAGUCUGUGAAUUUACAAAAUGCAAACUUGUCAGACGGAAACCCUCAUUCCAUCAUCCUGCGAGUCAGUGGUCUCCAGCGUGACAUGAUCACCAUGGAGCUGUAUGUUGACUGCAGACAGGUGGAUUCCAGUGUGGGGCUCCCAGCCAUGGUGAAAGUACCCCCAGAGCAGGCAGAUACGAUCGAUGUACGGACUGGUCACAGGGCUUACGCACGGAUGCAGGGCUCAUUGGAGGAAUUGAAGUUAUUCCUGGGAGGGACAGUGGUCCGGGUUGGCGCAUUGCAGGAGUGUCCGUUUCAGAAGGAUGAUGCUCUAAGGAACAUGGGUAUGAUUUGAGUUCAUCUGGAUUAU